UGACCGUUGAAACCCUUGACAACAGUUCAGACUGCACCUGUAAGUACCGAAAGUUAAGAAAUACACGCGACUUAAUAAACGUUUAGACGCAUGGUCCAGUGCGUAGCGAACGCAUGCGGUGCGUAAACGCACCUCCAAGAGCUGUUGUUUUGGAACACAGUGUUUCCAAAAACAUUUUAUGGGUUGUUUAAACUUGUGAGCAUGUUUGUGUGUGUUUUACGCUGAUUUUGCCUGGCCUCGGUCGGUCUGUCUGUACCGAGCCGGCCCGUGUUUUGUAUCUCGCCGACAGCGAACGUCUCCAGAAUCCUAAUACGCGGGGUGUAAAUGUUUAUCAAGCCCGCAACGCUGCUGGAGAGAUUCUCCGAAGCACCGACCGCGACGGCAGAUGUGCAGAGGGUGUCUUUCCUGUGCGGAAUAGGAGAUCGUCUUUCCUCCCUGUGACCGGCUGCAUUCCAUCCAGCAUCUUUCCGUAGGAUGUGUCACUGAGCCAGUGGAAAAACCCUGAAAAUGCCACGUACAAAGCAAAACAACCCUAAAAAUCUGAAAGAUAAAAUAGAGGAGGCACAGAAGGAGCUCAAAGACCCCAAAGUUGCGCACAAAGACAUAAAUGAAAGUACUGGCAAAAAUUCUGAAAGCAUCAAAGGACUAAAGAGGAAAAAAGUUGGGGCACAAAGCCAGCUAAAGAAAAUACCCAAAUCUCCCGUCAAAAAGCAAACACAGACAAAGAAAUCCAUUUCUCCAAGCAUAUCUUCUUCAUCCAAGGAAGCCACACCCUCCUUUUCUUUUUCAAGCAGUCCAUCGCAUGGAUUGCCUGAACCUCAAGAUACUGAAGAUGCACCACAGGAUGCAUCUGGAUCUAGAGCAGUAAAAGUGGAGCACAAGGAGUUAUUAACCUUAGAACCACAGGCUCUCAGCCGCAAAAGUGCUGCAGAGGAACCUUGUGCUUCAAGGCCUGUGCAGACAGAAAGCUGGUGUGGCAACAGCAGCAACAAAAUCGCAUCUCCUUCUCUAACAAGUGCUCCCCUUGAGGUACUGCUCAAGGCUAUGGAGCCAGAUUUCAAUACACUGACGGAAAGGAAGAACAGCAGUCCAAUAGGGCAUCUUGGAAAAUCAGUUUCCAUUCCUGUCACUUAUUCAGACUAUGCUAUGACUAUGCGUGCUGUAAAUUUCAAUGUCCAGUCACAGCCCUCAUUUGUGCCACCAUUCAAUGCAGCCAAACAGUUCUACAGCAGUGUGGCAUCUACAGGGCCACAUACAACACAGCAGUAUGUGAACAUGACAGGAAAUCGUCAGCAGGACAAACCAGGAUUCCAGAAAAGCUAUAGUGUGGGUCCUUCACAUACCUUGACACACGCACCUGUUCCAUCUGGAUCAGGUGGCUUCCCUCAGAGCCAGCCCCCUGUUGUUCAAACAUGCCAGUCUUUGUCAGCCACAGUACCAAACUCAGUUCAAGUCCCUGUAACACCAGGUUUCAACCCUGUUCAGAUGACAGCUGUGGUCAACUUCGGUGCAAGCCAAGUAUAUGAUAUCUCUGCAAAAGACCAAAAACCAAAAAAGCAAGGGAAGUAUGUCUGUGAAUACUGUAAAAGAGCUUGUGCCAAGCCAAGUGUGCUUCUAAAACACAUACGGUCCCACACAGGAGAGAGACCUUACCCAUGUGUGACAUGUGGUUUUUCAUUUAAGACAAAGAGCAACUUAUACAAGCAUAAGAAGUCUCAUGCACAUGCUAUCAAACUGGGUCUGGUAAAAGACUCCGGAAGUGGAUCCCUCUCUCAAGAGUCGGACAAAGGCUUGGCCACACAUUCUGAUGUGGAGGAAAGCGGGGACAGUGACGAGGAAGGUAGUGCAGCAGACUUAGACCCGGAUUCUUCACAAAGCAGCCUGACGGCAUUGUCUGAGAGCAGUCUGCAGAGUGCAGGCAUGGUACCAGGAAGCCAAGGAGAAUCAGAGCCUUUGCUGGUGUUUGAAACUCUGAAAUCACUGGUUUCUCAGAAAGGAUGUGAGCCAAAGGUCACUGCUGCUCUCCCUAAAGUGGUUGUCCACCCUGUAAAUGUUUCACCUUUGCGUGCAGACAGCCCAAGAGUUACAGAUUUGACACCUGAACAUGCCACAGCCCAGAGGCAAAGGGAUUUCCAGACAGCAAACAUAAGGUCCAAUGUAAUGGUUCUGUCCUCACUGAAAGAAGUGGAUUGCACAAGUCCUCUACAAGAUUCAGUUAGUGAGGAUGAAGAUCAGCAUUGUAAAUCCCCACUAGGAGUCAGCCAUGCCCAGCUACAAAGGCAACAAGCAACUGAUUACUCACAACAACCACAAGGCAAGUGUCUGCUUAGUCCUCGGAGUCUUGGAAGCACUGACUCAGGCUACUUUUCACGUUCUGAGAGUGCAGAUCAAGCUAUGAGUCCCCCAAGUCCUUUUGUUAAGAUAACUCCACCAGCAGAAACUGACAUUACAAAAGCUCCACAAAUUCCCCCUUCCCCAGUUGUGGCAACUGUCAUGCAUGUAGCACCUGUAGAGAAGCCUCGAGGUCCUUCAGGACAAAUGCGUCCUCCAUUAGAAACUAAAGCUCUAUCUCUUGAGGAGCGUAUCUCAAAGCUGAUCUCAGACAAUGAGGCUGUUGUGGAUGACAAACAACUAGACAGUGUCAAACCCAGGAGGACUUCCCUUUCCCGAAGGGGUAGCAUUGACUCCCCUAAAUCCUACAUAUUUAAAGACUCUUUUCAGUUUGAUCUAAAACCACCAGUAAGAAGAUCUAGUUCCAACUCGGACAUACCAAAAUCUCCAUUUACUCCGACAGACAAAUCCAAGCCAGUAUUUCUUCUUUCUGUUCCACCUCAGUAUCCAGCUAUGGACUGUUUACCAAUUACAAGAAGCAAUUCGAUGCCUACAUCACCUGGUCAGUCAGCUCUCUUCCCCAAUGUAACACAUCAGCCUCACCCACUAAGGAUCUGUCAUUCAUUUGAUGACAAGAUUAGUUCACUAAAUGAUGAUGUGUUCUCUUCAGCUCCCUCUACUCCCAAUCCUGCUGUACAUCCACGUACACUAGUGAGACAGAUAGCAGUUGAGGAUUUGUCCACAAAUGAUGGUCAUGUUCUUAUCUCUGUUCAUUCCAUGGAUGAGAGCCUUCAUGGACCAAGUAUUACACAUGAGCUGCGAAGUAAGUCUUUUGAGCAUGCAACAGAAAGAAACCGAAAACCCCAGCAAAACAAAGGGACAAUGUACGAAUGUGAGACUUGUCGUAACCGUUACAGAAAACUGGAAAAUUUUGAAAAUCACAAGAAGUUUUAUUGUUCCGAACUGCAUGGUCCAAAAAAUAAGCCUAUGCAUACCAGAGAGAUUGAGACAGAUGUUUUCAGACGUGGAAUUCAGCAGCCCCUUUUAAACAGAAAUGCUGUAAUUACCGGCAUUGUAGAGCAACCACUCAUGGUAAGAAAAAGAAGGAAAAUUAAAAGUGUUGGAGAUGAUGAUGACCAGUCUCCAACUGAGACCACUCCUCCAUGUUCAAGAAGUUUUGACUCCUGCCAGACCUCUACAGGUUCGAUAGGGCAACCUUAUUCUCAACAUACCCAGUCCUUAAGUAACACUGCUGUUUUAGGACAAAUACAGAUCAUUGGCAGAGCUGCAGAAUCACAGGAGUCAAGACUAUCUCCAAUAAGAGAGGCUCAGAUCAGCACACCAAAUAAAGAAAGAGGAGACCUCCAGAGACAAGGAAGUGGAACUUCAGUCAUUCGACAUACCAACUCCCUCAGCCGACCAAAUUCUUUUGAAACAUCCGAGUCCAUUGACAGGUCAUCUCCAGUUGAUCCUGUGGAAAAGGAAGUAAAGAGCUCUGUAAAAGGUCAUAAAGAGUCUGCAGUGAAUUUAUCUUCACAAAGUUACCAUGACAGAAUGUCUACACCCAAAUGUGCCAGCCAAGGAAUGGAAUCUCAUGGUAAGCAAAGCUUUGCCAUUGCUAGUGAUGGCACACCUGUACAGCAAUCACGGCUUGUACGGCAGAACAACAUUCAGGUCCCUGAAAUCUUAGUAACAGAGGAACCAGACAGAGAUCAUGAAACUCCAGUUGUAGAAUCAACAGAGAAACCUGCAGAAACAUUCAACUGGCCUCAGAGGAGUGAGAGCUUGUCUAAACUGCCAACAGAAAAACUCCCCCCAAAGAAAAAGCGCAUAAGACUUGCUCAAAUGGAACACUCUUCUGGUGAAUCUAGCUUUGAGUCAAGUCUCUCUCGUAGCCUCAGUAGAGAUAGUAGCUUGUCAAGGUGCUCUAGUAUUUCAGCCUCUUUUGACAGAGAUGAUCCACCAAGAUCUGACAGUCCAUCAAGGGCUGAUAGUGUUGGGAAGCCACCAGAAGCUCAAGGUAUCCCUGUAGCAAACAACACUCUUGGAGUGCCAGGCAUGAUGAGACGUGCUACCUCAGAACAAAUCAGCUGCACUCAGUCAUCAUUGGAGAUUUCUUGUGACUACCGUAGCAAAUCCUUUGAUUGCAGCAGCAUGUCACCCAGCAGGCCUUUGUCACCAAUGCAGACUGCCCUUCCAAAAAUGACACAUUGUCCUCCAACUACCCAGGUGCCUCUCAUUGAAAGAAGAAGGGGUCCUCUGGUACGUCAAAUGUCCUUGAAGAUUGCACCAGAACCUCAAAUGCCAGUGAGACAGACUCCCCCCAUCCAAAGAGUCCCCUUCACUAAUGAAUGCUCUGGGUCCCAACCUAGAUCAGUAAAUAUGAACACAUCCACACUUGUUCAGGCUGUUGCUCUACAUUCUGGAGAGGCCCCUCUACCGAAAAAUGAGCAAGUGGUUCAAAGCAUCAACCUUGGAAGUCAAACCCAACAACCCCAGGUUCAUGGUCUUCCACAUCCAUGGCAUCAGACCUCAAGGGUUGUGGCAUGCCAUGUGCAACCUUUGGUCCAAAUGGUGGCUGGUCAGACAGAUGUUCAGAAGAGCUCUGAUGAAAAAAAUAAGAAGAGCUUUGUACCUAAAUACCAAAUGAAUUGCCCUGUACUAAAAACAGGCCAGACAUAUUCUUUAGCAGAUGGACAAGGCACACAGAUCACUUUGCCAGUGAAAACUGUACCGUUGGCUAAUGAAAUUAAAGUCUCACAGUCAAAUGAUGGAAUGCAAAAUGUCUAUGUAGCACAACCAGGUUAUCAGGCUGUAAUCAAUAAGCCCCCAAUUAUACUGCCUGCUGAUACACCAGUAUCUACACCUGUCCCACAGAUUCUAAUUACCCAUGAGCAUACCCUAGCACCUGCUUCUGUGGUUUCUAAGGUUAACUUCCCUACGGUACAUGUUGUAACCUGUGAUUCAAAGACUGGACCAGAAAUUCAAGCUCACAGGCAACCUGGGUCUGUUGAUAUACAGAUGAAAAACAACAAUAUGAAAUCUACUGAACAAAACCAAACCACUGAGCAAAGCAUCCUGUCCCUCGGUUCACUGCAUUGUACACAAAAACUGGCAUCUGCAAAUUUAUGCCUCCAAGAGUCUACUGUCUCAAGUAAGCGUAUGCUCUCUCCUGCCAACAGCCUGGACAUUGCUAUGGAAAAAACACAGAAACGGGCUAAAGAUGAGCACGGAGCUGCAUGUCUCACUGAUGGUAGAUCUCUAAACUACUUGAACUCAAAGAUGUCAGAAAUGACCAGGCAGAGGAAGUUAAUGCUGGUUAGACAGGUCUGCACCACAGAGCCAGUGGAUAGCCCAAUUGAGACUGAUGCCCCAAUACAAUUGCCAGAGACUUCAGAAGCCGACAAGAACACUCAGAUACUAAUAUCUCAGACAACAACUGAGGUCAGUGAACAGGAAAUAGAGAGCAGAACACCUACCACAACACCUGCUACAUGUUCUUCACCCAGAGUUCAAAGCUAUACCAUGCCAGAGAAUUCCACUCUGAAGCCACAAGAAAAACUUGAGGAGCAGCGUUGGUCUCCAUCCAAAUCUCCUCUGAGGCCUCCAACAUUUCAGGGACAGGUGAAGUUAGCUUCUUCUGUGUCUGUUGUCAACACCAGAGACAGUCAUCGCCUGUCUUUCCCUAGUCUGAAAACAGCUACAACCUUCACCUGGUGUUUUCUUAUGAAAAGGAAACCCCUCCAUAUUCAACAGGCAGACCAGAGGAUCUCUGCCUACUCUGCAUGGAUAGUAAACCCCAACAAUCCCAAUCCAUUGGGGCUUCCCACAAAAGUGGUCAUGUCUUUGUUUGAUUCCAAACAGACAUCCAAGAAAAUAUACUACACCCAAGCAAAAACAACAACUUUGAAAUCUGACAUCUUGACCUACUCUGGGAAGCUGAAGGACAUCUUGCCAAAAGUUUUGAUUCAGAAAAGAUCUGUGCCAACUGAGAAUAGUGGAAAAACAAAACCAGAGACUCAACCAUUUAAUCAGACAGAGUCAGACAGAGAUUCUUCCAAAUCUGAGCCCCAACGAGUGAAGAUCUUUGAUGGAGGUUACAAGUCGAAUGAGGAGUAUGUGUAUGUUAGAGGGCGUGGAAGAGGAAAAUACAUCUGUGAGGAAUGUGGAAUCCGCUGCAAGAAACCUAGCAUGCUGCGGAAACACAUCCGUACUCAUUCGGACAUCCGUCCAUUUCACUGCACGCACUGCAACUUCUCUUUCAAGACCAAAGGGAACCUAACCAAGCACAUGAAGUCCAAAGCCCACAGCAAGAAGUGCAUGGAAAUGGGAGUUGCUGUGGGUAUUAUUGAGGACCAGGACACCGAAGACUCAGGUGAUCGAGGAAGAGCAGGAAGUGCUGACAGACAGGACUCAGAUGGUGAUGACUCUGAUGGCCCAGACGAUGAAGAUAACGAUGGGGAAGAGGAAGACGAGGAGGACAGUCAGGCAGAGUCUGGCCUCUCUGCAACACCCUCUGUUUCUGCAAGCCCACAGCAUCUUCCUGCUAACCAGGCUGACAUGGCUCCUAGCUCUCUGCUAGCAAAGAUGUCCAUCAGCCCAAAUCUAAUCCCAGCUCCUAAAACUCAGCCUCCUCAAGCUUCAGACUCCAAGACCUCAGACACAGAGUCUGUGGCUAUGACAAGUCCAGUUUUGUUGGUCAGACAGAUGUCAAUUUCUGCAUCCUGCUCAAGCCCUGGCCCUUGUCCCACCUCUUUCACAUCCCACCCUGCCCCUGCCUCAGAAUCCCACACCUCUGAUACUGACUCUGUGCACAUGAUGAGCCCAGUGUCACCUUGCAGGCAGAUGUCCAUCGACUACCCUGACUUUGAUGAUCCCCCUAGUCCCCCAGUGCCAGCCAAGGGUGGCAAGCUCGGCCAGGAAGUUGUGUCAAGCACCAUAUCCCAACUUGCAAGUGAGUGCAAUGGCAACGUCGACCGUGGUACUCAGACCUCUUCUGACCCUCUUCAGGGACCCUUGCACUUUCCAAAUGCAGAUCUGAUCCACGAGCCCAGAGUGGAAGCCACUACUCAUCUCUUCAGCCACCUGCCCUUGCACUCCCAACAGCCCCCUCGUUCCCCAUACAGCAUGGUACCUGUGGGUGGCAUCCAGCUUGUUCCCGCGGGUUUGGCUGCUUACUCCACAUUUGUACCCAUUCAGGCCGGGCCAGUCCAGCUAACCAUCCCUGCACUCAGUGUGAUCCAUAGGCAGACCGGAAGCCCUCUCCCAGCCCCCAACACCUCGCCCCGGCCAGAGGGUUCCCCGAGCCAUCCGCUGGUAGUUCAGGAACCAGUCAGCAGUGUACUGCCUUGUUUCCCUCUGGGCCAAGUGGCAGGGCUUCAGACACUAGGUGCUCCCCAAACUGCCCUGCAGCCUUUGGGUUUGGAGACCUUGAGCAUGUUGGGUUUAGCCAACUCCACCCAGCUGGUGCCUCAACAGAGUCUGCCAUUAAAUGCCACCCUAGGCUUACAAGUGUUGGCAGCUAGCCCUGCCCCUCAGUGCAGCACUGCUUCCCCAGCACAAAUCCCUGGCCUGCAGAUCCUCAACAUUGCCCUGCCAGCCCUUAUACCAUCCCUCAGCCCCCUCUCAGCUCUCAGCCCACUUCCUGCAGCCCAGGACAAGCCACAUAGCCCUGAGGGUGUAGCAUCUGUAACUCCAGCAGCACAGGUUGCAGAAUCUCCACCAGCACCUAUUUCUUCAGCCAGUCCUCCAACAGCCAAUCCAGGAGAUGUUCCUACAAAUGCAAAGCCAUCCACAGAGCCAAAGCAGGUCCCUCAAAACAGCCCUAGCGCUGGAUCUAAGGACACAGGGGGUGCUGAGAAGACCACAGCCAUGAUGGACAAACCGAAAACACCAUCACAACCUCCUUCGCCCUCAUCCUCUAAUGAGAGAGGCUGUGAGGUUGCACACAAGGCAAAAGCAGGUGGGGCUAGUGAAGUGAAACCACAGCAACCUGUCUCUAGACAACCAGUGACUGAUGACUACAAUGAAGCCUCCAGUGAUGAUGAGGAUAGACUUGUCAUAGCUACCUGAGAGUCCCAAUAAAAGCUCUUUCUUUUCUGCCUAUGAAUUUCUUUCUCUUUCCACCUCUUUCUCCUUCUUUUUUGUAUAACUUUGUCACUUUGUAAAACUGAAACACUUCAGGAGGUUUGCAGCACUGCAAGCCUUCUCUAAAAAAAGCACAUUUUCUGACAGUCAUAUUGUAUGUGCAAUCAUAAAUGAUGACCAAUUAUUUUAUUUUAUACUUUUUUGUCAGCACCAGACAGUUUUUCUUUUCUUUUUGUACAUGUUGUAUAGACAAUUGUGCCUUUUGGAGUUUCUCGUUUAGAAACCUGUAUAUAAUAUCUUAUAAAUCUAGUAGUUAUCUAUUUGGAAGUUAAGUUGAUAUGGAAGUUAAAGAAGAAUGGAGGAAAUUUGUUUUAUUUUUUAAAUGUUUUCUUUUUGAAAAGUUUUAUGUCUAUCGUAAAUUGAUGGGGAAAUUAAUGUACUGAUAUAUAAACAUUUCUAUGGCUUUUGGGGGGCAGUAUUCUUGUGCACAGAUGUUGUGGUCAAGUAUUUAUUAUAUUCCACCUGGUGCCCAUUUUGAACUCCAUAAGUCCAUAGGUAUGAGUAAAAUGGUGGCUUUACAUUUGCUGUAUCUAUACUAUCGACAGUAUCAGUAAAACCUUGUUUACAAGUGCA